UUCGCUUCACUCGCAUGUUCACCUAACCUGAAAAACUCCCAACCGAAACUGCACCGAUCUCCACUCGCCGAGUUCACUCACUCACUCGCCCCUCCCUUUCCCUGAUAUGCGCCGGCCGCUCCCUCCGUCGAUCCGCCGAUGACCCACCAAGGCCGAGCCCAGAGCCACCGCCUCACCACCUGCCCCCGCCACCCCACCGCCACCCCUGUCACCGGCUUCUGCGCCUCCUGCCUCCGGGAGCGCCUCGCCGGCAUCGACCCCUCCACCCACCAGGAGAUCGCCGGCCGCCACCCGAGCCACCCCCUCCGCCGCUGCAAGUCCUACUCCUCCUCCGCCAGGCGCGACGGGCUCUCCGGCGCCUCCGCCGAGCCCCGCCGCAAAUCCUGCGACGUCCGGGCCCGGAGCACGCUUUCCGAUCUUUUCACCCUCGACGACGGAGAGAAAUGCGAGAGAGGCGAGGCCUUGUUCGGGUUGAGGGAAGAGGAUGAGAAUGAGCGGGAGCCGGAGGAGGAGGAGGAGGAGCACGAGGAAAUUAGGGUUUGCGUGAGAAGCGUCCAAGCGAAUGAGAAUGUUGUCAAUAAUGGGAGUGUCGACGAGGGUUUUGAUGAUGAGGCGGAGUUCAAGACCAUGAAGGAGUUUAUAGAUCUCGAGUGGCAGAGCAAGAAGCAGACGAGGAAGAACAUCAGGGGCUUGUUGGAGGCAGCAUCUGUGUUUCGGCGGAGAUUGGGGAAAUGGCAUCGGAAGGAGAAGAUGAAGAAGCAAUGUGGUGGUAAUGGUGACGAUCUGGGGGUUGCAGCGGAUGCGACAGGAAAGAUCAGUCUGAGGAAGUUGAGGGAAGCACAAUCUGAGGUCGGAGAGUAUAGAUUGGGAAGAAGAUCGUGCGAUACGGAUCCGAGACUGUCGGUUGAUGCUGGUAGGGUCUCGGUCGAUGAAGUGAGGUGCUCCUUCGACGAGCCGAGGGCAUCUUGGGAUGGGUAUUUGGUCGGGAGGAGUUAUCAGUACCCGCGGCUCAAUCCGAUGGUGUCGUUUCUCGAGGACGUGAAGGUGAUCGAUAUUGGUUUCAAGAACAGGGUUUUGGUUGAAGACAAGUUGAAGGUGGUGAAUGAGGAGGGUGGGAGGAGCCCCGGUGGGUCUGUUCAGACGAGGGAUUAUUACAAGGAGCCAUUUUGUUCACAGAGGCGGAGGAGGAGUUUCGAGCGGUUGAAUUCCACUAGGAAGGGAAGUUUAGUGGAUGUUGAUGAUGUGAAGUUGGUAUCGAAUAUGAAGAUCUCUCCUGCCUCCACAGAAUUAUUUUACGGGGCAAAAUUGCUCAUUGCGGAGGAAGAAUUGAGGGGUUCGAGCUCAAAGUCCAGCAACGAUGAUAGGACGGAGAGUACCGAGUCUGCAUCAAAGGAUGAUGGUUCUAUUGCUGGUGGGGUUGAUGAGAAACAGUUCAAGAAGUUGCCUGCUUGGCGAAAAGCAUGGAAUGUCUGGGGUUUGAUUCAGAAAAGGAGCGAGCGCAAAUGCAUUGUUGAGGAAAGUCAUGCUACUGAAAAUUUGGAAGAGCAGCUGCCGCGAGUCUCCAAUGGAGAAGCAAAUGGUGCUCUGAGCCAGAGGAUCAACUGCAGUUAUGGUCGGAACUCCCCUAAGAUUGACGGGCCUGGAUCUUUGAAUGGUGCAGGAGUCGCUGAGAGCAGAGGGAUCGGUUUGAGGAUUAGGGAGGAGUCUCCGUUGACGAGGAAUCGCAGCGUGAAAUACUCUCCGAACAAUGUUGACAACGGCCUGCUAAGAUUUUACUUGACUCCAUCAAGGAGCUAUGGAAGUAAAUCUGUCAAGAGUAGGCUGCGGAAAGCACACACUUUAGCAAAGGGCGUUGUGUAAUGUGCUGUAUCUGUCAUCGAAAAAGAAUUCUGUGCUGUAAACUGUAAAGACAUGCAAAAUCUGUGUAUUUCUUUCUUCUUCCUGGUUAGUUAUAAGAACGGUGUAUGUCAUCAGUUCCCUUCUUCAAAUAGCAAAGAUGCAAUUGCCAACUCUUUGGCGACC